UGUACGUUUUGACAAGCAGAGCGUGAUCCACGAAUGUAUCGUACCGGGUAAUGGCACGGUACUUAACUCUUUCUUUGCCGAUUUCAAGGCCCCAGAGGACCAGUCAGCGCCUAAAAUCCCGCCGUACCUGGACUGGGAAUUUCCCAAGACAUUGGAGCUCAAGUCAGCGCACGACUGUACCGGUUUGAACUUGAACACCUAACAAGAAGUGUUUCCAUUCGCGCCGGGGUCGAGUUAUUUUUUUCUUUUUUUUUGCCGGGCAGAGAAGAUGGCUGCCAAUGCAUCGUCGAGUGAUGUACGCGAGGCCGUGCCAGCUACGUGCGGUGCUGCUACCAUGGUGGGACCGCCGCCCGCCUCAGCGCCCCCUGCACCUGGUGGGCCCGGGCCGGUCAGCCAACCGCCCUGCGUACAGCAUACCCAGGUCCUGAGCGGUGUGAACAGCACGACCAGGGGGUUGCCCAGCGAUCCCAAACCUUCCACCAGCAUGCAGGCCGGGGGACACACCGGUGGGAAGCCAACCAAACAGCGAUUCAAAGAUCGAGGAAUGCCACAGCCAGGGGUGCAUGGGUCUAUCACAAGGGGCCUGUAUGGGUGGUCGUCAGGAGAACAAGAUGAACUGAAUGAACUCAUCAAGUGUAUGGUGUGUGGUGACACCUCCACAGGGUUCCACUAUGGCAUCCAUUCCUGUGAAGGCUGCAAGGGUUUCUUCAGAAGGAGUCUCACACAGCAUGAGUCCUACACAUGUUCCAAUAACGGACAGUGUGACAUCUCUCUCUACACUAGGAACCAGUGUCAGCUGUGCCGAUGGAAGAAGUGCCUUGCAGUCGGCAUGUCCAAAGAAGGAUCCAGAUUAGGUCGGAGGUCCAAACGAAUGAUUGAGAAAAUGCAUGAGACGAUUGCCAAACAGCGAAGUUUUGGCGAUAACACAGUCCAUCAGCCAGCUGGUUUCUAUGGCAACCACCCUGAACUGUUCAAUCAGAGCAAGUACGGUGGUCCCCCUAUGAGUGCUGCACACCCUCCAAGCCACAUGAUACCAACUAGUAUACCAGCCAUGUACCCUGGCAUGAACAUGGCGGCCAUGAUGGAAUCUCAGCUGGGCCAGGCAAUGGCCAACCAUGCACAGUCCAUCUCCAACAUCAUCAAGCAGGAGCUAGACCAUAGUGGGUCUGACCGCGAGCACUCCAUGUCAGAGACUUCCUCUAUAUCUGCCCCAGACAUGUCACCACCAGGAUCCGUCGGUCGGCAGUCCUCAAUCCCUGGAGCCAGCGAUGGCUCCAUCAACGGAAGUGGAAGCAGAAGUCUGGAACAGUCGCCCACCAUCUCCAGCGUUUCGCUCUCUAAAUCACAUGAGGACUCGGUUGGUGUGAACCAAAUGUACAUGCAGACAGGGAUGCGGCCAGCAAAGGACGACAGAAGAAUGCCGCAGUCAGUUAGCGAAGAGAUUACACAGAAGAUGUCAAUGAUAGGACGGGAUGGGUCGAAGGUUGAGCCCAAUACAGCUACAGAGGGAGACUUGCCAAUGGAAGCCAUCAAUAAAAUGCUUGCUGCGGGUCAACCCGUCAUACUUAUUCCCAGGGACAUGAGUAGCCCUGAGUCAAACAGCAAGGACAUGAUCCCACCUAGCCCAACUGUGGUAGUUGUACCCAAUACCAGUAAAGAGAGCCGGGAAGAUACCAGGCACCGUUCGAAAUCAGCCAGCCCCGGUCACGAGGUGCAUGCAAGCAUGGCAGAUAUCGCCACCUCACAGAUGAAAGCAUUCUAUGCGGGACACCGCCGGACCUCGGAGCCCCUGCUCAGAUCAGAUGACAACACCCACUGUUCGUUCCUGCCGCACUCAAGCCAAGGGAACCAGUUCUUCCAGUUCCCUGGUGCAUUUCCGCCCCAGCAGAUGCCACAGGGUCUGCCCCCACAGUCUUCACUGCUGUCGCACUCGUCUCUACUUCCAAUGUCUCAAGGAUGGAACCCACUGUCAGGCCGGCAGCACCUCCCUCCCUCGCCUCUUCUGUCCUCUGGUGGGCAGGUCAUGGUCCCCGUCAGCUCCUCACAGCAUCCUCAGCAGGUACCUCUCGGCCCAACCGCAUUCUUAGCCCAGCAGCAUCUGAAAGCCGAGAUGCACUCGCCGAAGCCUGUCUCCCAGCAUUCACCCGGUGACAGCAGAGACUCUUUCCACCCCAGGCAUUCGAUGAAGCGACAGUCCCCAGGGAAGGGUCACUCGGACCCCAACAAGACCCCUAAGGGAUCGCACAAGUCAGAGUGCUCUACACCCGAUUUUUCAGCCCUCUCCCCUCCUCAGAGCUUCACCACGCCUCUCCAGUCACCACUGCCCAGUGAGCGGCAAACCUCAUCCUCCAAGGAAAAGAAGAUUGUCAUCAAGGAAGAGCCUCGGAGCAACUCCAUCGAUGAAGAGGAGAGCUCAGAAUUGGAGUCCAAGAUGAGUGAAGAAGACCUGCACGAGUACAGAGUGGAAGGCUUCAACCCAGAGGAGCCCCUCACCCCUGAGCUUAAGAAGAAGCUCUGUAAGAUCAUUGACAGCGUCAACAAGUCGUACCAUGACACAUGCUUCUAUACCUUCCGCCGGAUAGUGUUCUUGCGAGAGAGGUACUUCCCAUUUCUGGGUCCCGAUGAAGCCAGUGAACGCCGGUUAAAGAACAGGUAUGACCAUGAUUGCAGCAAGUGCCCACCACCCCCUGGCUUUCCCACCACCAAGGACCCACCGCGAGAGCUGCCGGAUGUCCUGCACCCCGUGGACAGUGGCAAGAUGUGGCAGUUCUUCUCCAGCAAGUUCACCAGCCAGAUCACACGCAUCGUCAACUUCUCCAAGAUGAUUCCUGGCUUCAAGCACAUCGACCGGGAGGACCAGAUCACACUGAUCAAGACGGGUUUGUUUGAGGUGGCAACGAUACGUUUCUCAACGGUGGCCGACACCAAAAACAACAUGGUGUACUGGUGGACCACAGGCGAUAAGUUCUCCCUGGACGAUGCCCACAAGAUGCCCUUGGGCAAUCUGUUUGACCUGCUCUUUGACUUUGCACGGAGGGUCAAUCGGAUGUUGCUGGAUGACAGCGAAUAUGCACUUCUGUCUGCUGUGGUUAUCAUGUCACCAGAUCGGCCGGGACUGAAGAAUCGGGAGCGCGUCAAGCAACUGCAGUUGGACCUCCUGCACGCCCUCCACUAUGAGGUGUCCCAGAACCACCCCGAGGAGCAAGGUCUCUUUGCCCGCCUCCUUACCACCAUCCCCAAGCUGAGGGAGAUCGGUCCCGAGCACAUCCGCCGCCUGAUGGAGCUCAAGAUCAAAUCUCCUGGGUUCCAGUUCCCAGCACUGCAUGCAGAAGUCUUUGACCUCAACAGCUCAUAGUUUUGGUGUCAAAUACAAAUCUAGGUGCAGCUGGCACUAAAGCUGUGUUUUUUUUUCUUGUUAGGUGUAUACGCUACAUUCUAACCCCUUUCAAGAACAGGAAGUUCUUGUGUUCAACUGAAUCCCUGUCAACCUCAUUUUCCACUGUAUUGCAUUUGAUAUAAGUAGUCCUUUAUAGUGCCAUUUACAAGAUAAGUUGUAUGUGUAAGAGUUAAUAUUAAGAUCUUUGACCAAAAUUAACGAAAUGUAAAUAACAACGACCUCACUAGGAACAGUACCCUGACUGUCUUGUGCAAGAUCAGGUUGGAUGUUAAAUCUAUUAAAAGAUGCUCAGUCUUCAAAAGAUUGAGAUGUGGAAUGAGCUGUUUUAUUUGUUUGUUUCUCAAAUUGUACAAUUGAUGAAGAAUCUGCCUUGUUAUGUUCAGGUCACUUGUAGAUUGUCUAUGUGCCUGAAGGUAUAUUCAAACAGAGGGUUAAAUCAUUUUAAAGGGAACAUACAGCUAAUCCAUCAGGCCUGAAAAUGGCACAGAAAGCUUGAGACACUGGUUGUUGAAAUAUUUUUGCAAAGAAUUUUUUUUACAAGCUGUAUAGUUGCCAUGACCACAUUUAAUCACAUUUUUGCCAAAAGUAUUGUUCUCUGUCUACUCUGCAUUACAAGUACAUUUUAUAUUGUGUGGAACACAUCAAAAAUGAUGAAUAAUAAUUUUUUUUCUGAAAUGCAUCACAAGAACUAACCUCAAAGGUAAUUAUGUUAUUUCCUCCAAAACUAGUUCUGUAAACUUGAAAGUUUAAACAUUCUAAACUUUUUGAAGUUUUCAUUCAACUAUGUUAUUUCUGUGUCAAGUUAGAAAUUUCUUGUGUCAUUACCUAUGACCAAAAAUAUAAUCUUAUUUAACAAAGUGUUUUCCUCAUUUCAGAAGAAUAUAGAUCCAGUAUCAAAUCUCUGCCCACAUUACUGCCUUUCCACAAUGUUGGAUGGAAAAGAUUCAGAUUUUGAAAAAUGACAUUAUUUGCAAUUUUUCUAGUUGGUUUUCAACAUCUCUUAAUUGGAAAUUUGAAUAAUUUUGGACAGUUUUUCUUCAGACAUGAGUAGAAGUUUGAUUUGGAUAGAGUUCUUGCUUGUAUUUUGCAACUGUUGGAGAGGAGGAUAGAGCAGAGAAAAUUACCUCAGCCUCAAAUUUUGACUGGUAUCCAUCUUUUGGUUCAAGUGACCAUUGACCAAUCAGGGACAGCGCUGAUGUGGCUGGCACCACCAGACUUAAAACGAUUAUGUAUCCAUGCAGUUUUGAUAAUGCGGAUACUGGAAUGUGGUGUCUGGGAGCACCACUUGCUGGAUGCCGUGGCAAACUACUCUACUAGCUGUCAAUAGGGCAACUCUAAUUUCUGCAUGGCCAAUUACAACAGCCAGAACCAUUUGAACAUGGGAGUUAAUUGAUUCUGUAUCUCUGUAUCCUGGGAAAGCACAGAUAAGGGUUCUAGGGGAAAAACUUGCAACUCAAAGGUUUUAACUGAAAUCAGAGAUCAGUAGAAUUUGUGGGUUUUACUUUUAAUUAUACAUAUUUAAAUUCCAGGUAUAUUUUCAUUUUGGAAAUAGACGAAGUCAUUGAAAGAGAAUAUUAGACGAUUUUGAAUUAAAAAGGUCAAUGUGACGAAAUACUGAAAUAUACUAAAAAGAAAAAACAGAUUAGAUAUAUGCAGACAGAAUGCAUCGUGUUUCCCAUUCUUGUAUUGAAAUAUAAAGUGUAGAUGUAGAAUUUAUGAUGAUAGAAUGUUUUGUAUAGACAAAAUAGACGUCCCGAGGACAGAUUUCUAAUCUAUUUGCCAAAUGUUCGAAAGAAGCCACAACAAAAGGUUUAGAAUAUUUUUCAUACAAAACCAGUUUGUGGCUGUCGUUAGCUGAGUAGUUUACGUCUGUUUUGUUUUUAAAUAUUCUGUUCUCUCCUUUUUGUGGCCAGAAUAAAACAUGCAUGCUUGAGGGAAUUUAUUGGCCUUAUGUCAUGGUUACAUUUUCACCAUGGUAGCAACUUACCAUAAAAACCAGGAUCCUUCUUUUUCUGACGGGAGAUGCUUGACUGUCAUUGAGCAGAGCUUCUGUGUACUUUUUUGGGGUGGGUGUAAAUUUGUGACAUAAUUUUAAGAUUCAACAUUAGAUUAAUGUCAUGCCGUGUAUAUAUAUGAAUUGUGGGUGGGGCAUGAGAUGCCCUUGUGGGAGUUAAAAACACAUAACAUGCUGUCAUUUUUGAUAUAUGUUUGUCAUGUCCGAUGUCGUCUAGUGUGUAGAGUUUUGAAACUACAAAAAAAAUUGGAUGGUAGACGAGUUUGUCACACUGGUAGAAUUGGUGUAAAGAAAGCAGCUGAAGGGUAUGCCGUAGCCACAGUAGGGGUUAAGGUCAUAGGUUAAAGGUCACAUAUCUUAGUUUUGUCACUUCAAUCAUUGCAGUUUUUUAUUAUAUAUGUUUGAGGAAGGUUUAAAAAAAAGGGGGGAAGAGAGGGAGACGAGAAGAAAAAAGAGAAAAAUCAGGAGUACAUUUUGUGCUCCCAGUGUCACAUAGAACAAUGUAUGUUAUGUCUGGAUAUGGAAUAUCCACAAACUGAAAUCUGUGAAACUAAUGCUGUUCUAUUCUAAUGUAUUAUUUAGCAUAAUUUUUGUUUUUGUUCAGUAGAAAAGGUUUUGUGUUAUUUCCUGUAUUGAUUAUGAUAUUCAUUUGCAAAGUUAUUAAAAUAAACAAAUUACCCGCAGGAUUUCAAAUGGAGAACUAUCUACUAUAACUUGGGAGAUUUCCCCAGAAUGCUUUAUAUGAUCAAUAUGAUACCUUCGAAAAUUGUCACUGUAUUCAAACUGUUCAUCUGGAUUGACUGUUAUCUCCUGGUUCUUGUUCGUAAAAUUAAUUCAAAAAAAUUGAUUACAGAAUAUGAAAGCAGGAAAAAGUCUUCACCGUUUGCCACCAGUACCAUUUCCCCUUUGACCUAAUGGCUUGUGUGGGCCAAACAUAAUCCAUACAUAAAUCACAAAGUCUUUUGCAUAGCAUGUUCGUUGCUUCUGAGGACUGCCCAAAAAUAUUUGAAAACUUCCUGGUUUUUCUUUCCGGUCAACAACUUUAGUAGCUUUUAUUACCAAGCAUAGAAUCUUACCUGUCAAGUCACUGUGUGGUAUACUGUUGUAGAGUUUGGCAACAAUUGAUUCCUUUCUGCUUUCUUUUCCAUUACACCAGUGAAGAGACAAACAGGUUUGGCCACAAGUAUGAUGUUCAACAGUACAGGGUGAAUGGGCAGAAGAUGAAUGAAGUAUACACUCUGAACUUUGACCCUAGACAUAGUAACCUUGUUCUCAGGUGGAAGAACAAUAUUGCGUUUGCAUUUGGCAACAAAAUACGUCAGAAUUAUUGCAAUUUCAAAUGAUGGAAUUCUCUUUGCACAUGACUUGUGGCUUUAUUUGGGGAAAGGGUGAAACCCGAAGAAUUCUUUUCACUUUGCUAGAAUUUCAUUCAUUUUGAAGACCUGUUGAGAAUGCUGACAUCUUCUUGAUGAUGUCUGUCAGAUGCAAACACUAGUUUCUCUCUUGUGGAGAAUAUUGAAUAUUAGAGACACAAACUGUUCAUGGAAAUACGUGGUUCCAGAUCAGUAGCAACAUCAGUUGAUGUGGCCCUUCAUCUCUGAACACACGGAGUGUAGUUAUCUCUUUAUGUGCUACAUAGCCCAUUAUGUUUUCAGUGUGUAGUGAAUGCAAAUUGAAAAUGUCGUAGGCUUCCCAAAAAGUAUCUUUUCAAUGACCAGUAAACCAUGUUUACUGACUUAAUGAAAGUCCGAUAUAUUUAAUCAUGGCUUAUCUAACCACAAUGACUUAACUUUAAUCCCAAAAUGUCACACAGAAGUGAUGACCUUGGCGUUUGGCAGCAUUCUUUGAUUUUGAUGAUGGAAAUCGGGACAUUUUGUAAAUAAUUCUAUGAAAAGAAAUUCUAAAGGGGCUCUGGGGUAUGAUUACAUGUAAGCCAUGUACAUAGUUUGUGUUCAUCAACACCUGUUUUUAAAGAAUGAAGUUUUCUAUUUAAAAGAAAAAAAAAUUGCACCAAGUGUAUACAUAACCAUGUCAAUAAAAGGUAGUAGGUUAUAGCCUUCUGAGUUUGUGUAACUGUACAGUGUAAGAAAUUUGAUGAAUCUUGUAUGUUAUGAAUGAACAACCUUAUUUGAGUUAAAUGGAUUAACUGUGUUGGAUUGAAUGAUUUCAUUUGUAGACACAUUUCACAUGCAAUGACAUGUCUGUUUGGGAAUCAGUUUUUUGUGUGUGAAUGAUUCAUGUUCAAACCAACCAGUGAAUAUGAGAGUCUAGUUUUCCAUGAACUUGAUUGGGUAAUUGACCAGACGUAUCACACUUGGUUAAGCUGCCUCCCAGAAUGUUGUGUGUCCAGGAUGUUCACAGCUAGAUGAAAACAUAAGAUAGGUGUGCAUUAUUAUCUUUCAUAUGUGAGGUGUUUAUUAUUUGUUGGAGAUUUCCCUUGUAUUCCGCUUGUCAUGUAGGAUUUUUUUCUCCUUUUUUUCCCACAAAGAAUGUUGUGUAGUGCUUCUCACUUGUCAACCGCUGCUGACCGUGUUUUGGGGUUGUCUGAAACAAAUCGCACCCAACAACUUUUGGUUCCUGCGUUUUCUUGUGAGCUCUCACCGCUGGCCAGGAGUGUCCAGUAUUAUUUAAAGCAAACACGCAUCUGAGAUGUGUUCCCAUCUGAGUUCAACCGGUGGCCGGCAUUGUCUGUAUUUGCUGCAUUGCCAUUUCUGUUAUUGAAACAAUGCCACAGUCUUGUCAUUGGCAAUGCCAUGGGCCAUAAACGACUUCCCAACUCAAGUUCAUUUUAUGCCUAUGUUAGCCACAAGUUGAAGUACACUGCCACGUACAUUAAACGCUGGGCCCUGUUAACAGAUCAUUACUUUACAUUCACUUAAGGCACGUACAUAGGGAGUGAGACGGGGGGGUAUUAAACAAAAAAAAACUCCACUUGGGGAAAACUUCUGUUGUGAUGAAUUGAUCAAUCAUGUAGUAAUGUACCUAAGUAUCCUGAUUAAUUACAGUUGUACUUGAAUGCUUGCCAGUUAUGGCUGUUUGUGUGAAUAAUACCAGAGCAGAGUACAGAUGUGUAAA